AUGAGCCCCGGUUCACGAUUACUGAAGAAAUUAACACGGAGACAAGCCGACCCGUGCCUGUUCACCUAUCCCUUUUCCGUGCAGUCCUUAGUCGUCCAUUUUGCGAUUGUUUUUGCGCUGCGGGCGAAGCAGCGGCCGAGCCGGGAGUUAACGCAGCUGGGCUUCCGGCUAGUGAACGUCGACAGGAACGAGAACUUGCGCGAAUGGUACCUCAAAGUCAAUCCAUAUGGCCGAGUGCCGACCCUCACGUAUAGCGCGCUUCCGUCGCCGUUGACCGACGCGCUGUCAAUCGUCUACUGGAUAUGCGACCAAUGCCCGAGUCUACUUCCCAAGGCACACCAGACUGAAAUAUGUCGACUACUGACGCAAUUGCACGAGGCCCUUGACCGCUACGGCGCGGCCAACCCGACCGUGGAUGACCUUCUGACCAACCAUGACAUCACACCUACCCACCGCAAGGCCCUGGAGUACAAGCGCGACUGCCAGAGAAAGCAACGGGAAUUGGUGUCGCAAAACCUGUCAGACGGGCAGAGUAUGACAGCGAACUCAGUCUCCUUCAUGAACGAGAUUGUCGAGCUGCGGAAUAAGUACAGCAAAGGCGGAACCUGGAUUUUUGGCGAUAAAGUCGGUCCGACUGUGCUUGACGCGCAUGUCGUUCCCUUUGUUACACGGCUAGAAGAUAUCGGCUUGGAUGACCUUGUCCCUGACCAAUUGCGCAAGUAUGCGGGAAAAAUAAAGAAGCUGCCGCAAGGGAAGGAGGCGAUGGGGCAGAGACCGACGGUGUGGGACGCCUCACUGGGACCUAUAGACGAGAUCCGACUAUGA